AAAAUCGUAUACGGAAUGGAGGGAGCUGAUAGCUCUUCAGCCAUCACUAAUAUACCCACAGUUAUUAUAGCAGCGCAAGAAGCAAUGGAACAAUUAGAUAUACUGAUAUGUGGACAGUGUCAUUCUGUCUUUCAUUUUAUCGAAAAGUUUCAAGAACAUCGCACAAAAGAAGGAUCCUGCUCCAAAACGUCACUUAUUCGUGACACCAAUGAUAAUAGAGAAAAUGCACAAAUAUAUCCAUUUCUAUUAUGGAAGAGUACACAAGUUCAUGACAGUUCAGACAAGGAGGCAUCUGACGAUUGGACAUUGCACCAGAAAUGGUGUAAAAUGGAUACAAAAGAGAAAGAAACUUGGUUCAUAGCGGGGAAAUGUGUACAAACCUUUACAAAAAUUAGUAACGCAAAGAUGCAGGAUACCCUAAUGCAAUCAAAUACUAAUGUCGAAAGUGCCAAUCCGAUAGCAGUUCCUACAGUUGUCACAAAAAAACAACCGAAAGAAACAAGCGAAAUUAAAAAAAAUUCUGCGAAGGUACUGGAAACAAAAACACAGAAAACUGAAUCUAUGGAAAUUGGAGUAAGCAAACAAGAAAAAACAUCCGUCAAAUCCAAAAUCAAGACUGACAAAGCAACUACCGAAGAAAAUGCAGAUCUAAGUAACGAAGAAUAUAUUGUCGAUAGAACAUUAGUCAAACGUUUUAAUACUAAAAAGAGAUAUUCGGAAUUCGUAAACAAAUGGAAAUGCUAUCCACAUGAAAAGGCUUCAUGCGAAUCUGCAAAAGCCGUAGCAGCAUCCAAAAGUUUAUUGGAUCAAUUUGAACGGAGUCACGCUAAGCAAAAGGAGUCUAAAGAAGCGCAAAAGAAGACUAAUACAGUCGUCGAAGAUGUCAGUUUGCCGUUGCAAAAAUCAGUGAUAAAAACUGAGACUAGUCAGCCUGGACCAAGUACUACGACUCAAGCAAAACGUUCGAUGCGGUCUAGAAAAUCAAAAGCGAAUCAAGUCAAGCAAUCGUAUGGCUCAAUAAAAAAGAAAAAGAUUGAAAUGUUGAGUAAAGGGACGAUCGAUGAUUCGGAGAGUGAUUCAGAAAAAGAAGGAAGCAGUGUCGCAAAGGAAACGACAAAUGACACAGGUAGUGAUGAAGAAUGGAUUGGAGAAUCUGAAGACCAAAGACUAUUAGGCCAUAGCAACGUGAUUCAACAUGCAUUCAAUCGCGCUAAUACACAAUCGUGUAAAUCCAAUACAACCUCAAUUUCAGACACUGAUCUGGCAACGUCAUUAAAAUUACAAUCUGCAGAUGAAAAAAAAUCUAGCCAACCACCUGCUUUAGUGGCUAACGCCGAUGGGCUUGUUACAGUCGAUUCCAAACAAAUGCCGAAUUUGGCUUCUGGUCUCGACGUUAUGUCUCAAAAAGAAAGUGUCAUCGAAUUGAAUUCGUCCUCCAUUGAGAAAGUAUCUGUUAAAGGAUCUUCAACAACGCAAGGUGUUGUAAUGAUCCAAAGUCGAGAUAAUACAAGUGUAUUCACCUACAAAUGCGAAAAGUGUAGUAAAAUGUUUGUCGAUUCCAAACAAAUGCCGAAUUUGGCUUCUGGUCUCGACGUUAUGUCUCAAAAAGAAAGUGUCAUCGAAUUGAAUUCGUCCUCCAUUGAGAAAGUAUCUGUUAAAGGAUCUUCAACAACGCAAGGUGUUGUAAUGAUCCAAAGUCGAGAUAAUACAAGUGUAUUCACCUACAAAUGCGAAAAGUGUAGUAAAAUGUUUG